GGUAGCUGCAAAACCAAUCAAGUCAUAUAAAUCACAGUGAAACUCAAAUUCUUUCGAAUAUUAUAUCAAAUACACGUCUACUGAUUCUGCACUUGUACAAUUUACAUCUUCUCUUUUUUGAGAAACAUUUAUUGGGAAUCCUUGCUCUUGGGUUCUUAAUACACAUAUAUUUGUAUUUGUAUGUAAGGACCUCAGUAAUCAUGCCCUUAUACAAUUUACUUCAAAGCAUUAUAAAUGAAAAAAGAAAGAAAAGAGAUUAGUAACAUGAUAAUGGGAACGUAACUAAUAUCUAUAGAAAAUCAAUCGCCACUAACCAAGAACAGUUACAAGUAUGAAAAGACUUUUUGGGCAAGUAUAACGAGCAAUUAAAGAGAAUUUAUUUGAAAUCUUCUCAAACACGCUACACUAAUAAUCCCUAUCUCUCCUCUCCCUAUAUAAACAGAUCUAUUUCACGACUAAACUCCACACCUACAACAGUCAUGGAAGAAUCACACUGUUCAGACUUGAUUUCUAAAAGACAGCGUCUCGAUUCUUACAGAGCCGGAGAUAUCACAAACCCUAAAGGCGAGAGUUCUUCUAAGCUCGUCCAGUUUGCUGACAAUGUCGUCUACAGAUUGUACUUCAAAGGCUUGGUGAGCGACGAGGUGGCGGCGGCUGAGAGUGGAGAAAGGACCGUGACGGCUGGAUUCGGAGUCGCGAUCUGCGACGUGGCGGAUAACUUGUUGUAUGAGAUGAAGGAAUCACUGAGUGGCGGCGGCGAGGUUAAGCGCAGAGGAUUGGAGAUUAGGGCAUUGAUUCAUGGCUUAAGUGAAGCCUUCAACAUGGGGAUCAGACAUGUCAGGAUUCACUGCGAUGAUUAUCCCAUUUUUCAAUUCAUAAAUGGUGGAGACAAGCCUAAACAGAACGAUAUGCGUCAGCUAGUGAACGAAGUUUGUCGCUUGAAAGAAAAAAUGAACUCUUGUGAACCUCUUAUGGUUGCACGGAACGAUGUCAAGUUCGCUUUUAAGCUGGCUAGAGAGGCAAUAGUUUCUCAAAGCAGCAGCUUGGAUCUGAAGGCAGCACAGGGAACAACAUGUGCCAUCUGUCUCGAAGAAACCGAUGCUGGGAGGAUGUUCUCGACUGAACAAUGCCUUCACCGUCAUUGCUUUUCUUGCGUGAAACAGUACGUGGAAGUGAAGCUGCUUAGCGGAAUCGUGCCCACGUGCCUUGGUGAAGGAUGCAAGCUGGAGCUCACUCUUGAAAGCUGCAGCAAGAUUUUGACGCCUAGGGUGACUGAGAUGUGGAAACGAAAGAUGAAAGAGGAUUCGAUCCCCGCUGCUGAGAGAAUCUAUUGCCCGUAUCCGAACUGUGCAAUGUUGAUGUCCAAAUCUGAUCUUUCGAGCCACGCUGACCAAUCGAAAGUUCAAGAAUGUGUCAAAUGCCGUGGACACUUUUGUAUUGAUUGCAAAGUACCAUCGCAUACCGAUAUGUCGUGUGAUGAGUACAAGAAACUGCACCCUGACCCUUUAGUUGAUGAGCUAAAGUCUCUGGCAAACGACAAUAAGUGGCGUCAAUGUGUCAAGUGUAGGCACAUGAUUGAACUUUCUCAUGGUUGCAACCACAUGACUUGCAGAUGUGGAUAUGAGUUCUGCUACAAAUGUGGGGUAGAAUGGAAGAAGAACCAAAAUUCGUGCCCCUCGGGUUGUCAACGCACUGGCCAUGGUGAUUAUGAUGAUGAAGAUGAUGCUGAUGGUGACUCUGAACAUUCUUGUGAAGAGGAUAUGUGUGAAUGCUAUUAUGAUGAUGAUGGUGUUCGUUGGCGCGACUGGGAAGACUUUGUGGAUCAUCAACCUCGUGUCUAUGACAUGUCGCCGGUUCCUCCGGGUGCGGUGCAAGAGUAUGAAGCUUUUGUCAUUGAAGAAGGCAAUGAUGAUGAAUAUGACGAUUACAACAACUACGGUGGCCUAACGGAAUCUGACAAUGACGGAGGGUUUGAGGACUUCUACAGGGAUUAUUAUUCUCUUUAAUCUAUCUUUUUUUAUUAGAGUUGUUUUGGAAUACUUUUCCAUAUUUUCUGUGUUUCUUCCUUCGUUAUGUUUAAAUGAAAAAUUAAUUUAAGACAGUGUUUAAGUAACAUUAUGCUAAGAAAAAAAAGCUUUGCUCUUUUGGGUUGUUAAUUUUCUUUUUUUUUUUCCAUUGAAUGUUUUGUUUUUGAAAUUUUCAUUGAAAGUUAGAUGUAUCCUCUGCUCGAAAAUUCGCCAGGGGUUGUUCGUCGUUUGGAUUGGGCCUAGCGAAUUGUGAUGCGAAAUUGAAUAAAUAUGAUCGGAAGACGUUUAACACUCACGAUCCAGUUGUUGGCUAGGCAAGAUACAUAUCAAGAUUGACGAAAAGAAAUGUGUAUAUAUUAGUAACUGAAAGGUUACAGAGAAUAUGGGUUACAAUCUAACGGAAAGUAACAAAGGAUGAUAGAAGGAACCUGGCCGAAGAUUAGGUCUAAACCUCGAGGUCGAAUUGUUUUGGUAUGUGUGAACUUCUCUAUCUUUUCCUUUCUCUUAUCCUUUUGGUACUUGUUUCCUACGUUGCAUGGAAGCUUCAUCCGGACAUCUGCUUCCCGCUUUGGAACCGGAAUCGGAACCUUAUGGAAGCUUACGGAAUCUCGAUUCCAAAACGCUUCCAAAAUAUUCUCUUUAAAAACAUGUUGGAAG